ACCACAUCCAAAACCUCCAUCUUAAAUCCGUCUAGGGCAACAGGCUGUUCUGAGUUCCCUAUCCAUUUUAUCUCGCCGCCUCUCUUUCUCCAGCACCCGCGCCACUCCGCUCUUUUGUUUCAACAGCUUGCCCUUUAGCUUGCCCUUUGGGCGUGGAUAUUACAUCCCGUCCCGUUUUCCUAUCUCCUUACUGCUCGCAAGGCUAGACAGGUCUCAUAUUCAAAAUGGAGCGCCUGAGUCGAAUGCUCCAAGCUGCCCAGGGGAUGGGUAUGAAUGCUGCUCCCAGUGGGGAUACCCCGAACCUCAUAGACAAUUCAGAGACUGUCCACAUUUCUUCGCUCGCCCUCUUAAAGAUGCUGCGGCAUGGUCGUGCCGGUGUGCCAAUGGAGGUCAUGGGCUUGAUGCUCGGAGACUUCGUGGACGAAUAUACUGUUAGAGUCGUCGAUGUAUUUGCUAUGCCGCAGAGUGGUACCGGUGUCAGCGUUGAGGCAGUCGACCCCGUAUUUCAGACAAACAUGAUGGACAUGCUCCGACAAACAGGAAGACCAGAGACAGUGGUUGGAUGGUAUCACUCCCAUCCUGGUUUUGGAUGCUGGCUCUCCUCGGUCGAUAUCAACACCCAACAGUCCUUCGAACAACUUACUCCGCGUGCCGUCGCUGUCGUCAUUGACCCGAUUCAGUCUGUUAAAGGAAAAGUUGUCAUCGAUGCAUUCCGGUUGAUCGCGCCACAAACUCUUGUAAUGGGCCAAGAGCCUCGUCAAACCACUUCCAAUUUGGGCCACCUCAACAAGCCGUCGAUCCAAGCUCUCAUCCACGGUCUGAACCGACAUUACUAUAGCAUCGCUAUCAAUUAUCGAAAGACUGGGUUAGAGGAAAAUAUGUUGAUGAAUCUACACAAGCAUGUUUGGACGGACGCCCUGCAGAUGAAGAAUUUCCGUGAAGAUGGAGUGCAGAAUGUCGAGAGACUACAGAAACUUGUUGGCCUUGCAGAAGGAUACGAGAAGCGAGUGAAAGAGGAGACCGAGCUCACAAAGGAUCAGCUUAAGACGAGAUAUGUCGGAAAAGUGGACCCGAAGAAGCACAUUCAAGACGUCGGUCAACAGCUCAUCGAAGACAACAUUGUGGCUAUAUCGCGGCAAAUGAUUGAUAAAGAAGCCUCUCUAGCUCGGGAAGCAAAUAAGGCAGAGCAGCAGGUUGACAAGAUGGAAACUGAUGAAGACCUAUGAUAUAGGUCAAGGUGGUGAAUUUUUUUUUUUUUUGGCAUUGGUUUUCUUUUCCAUUUAAUAGAAGCGCUGUGAGUGUACAACCAGUGAGCUGGGAUAAC